CAAAAACAUUGAAAACGAAGGUCACAAAACUCAAGAAACACAAUUUCUCUCGACGUCUGGUUGUGGUAGAGAUCCGGCGAGAACGACUCGUCGGAUUUCGCCCAUUUUAAGCCUUAAAAUCUCUUCUUUACUCAAAUCCCACAUUAAAAAGAAAAACCCCUCAAGAAAACAUGAAGGGUUCGUGCACUCUUGUUGCUUCUGUUCUUACUGUCUCCACUGUAGCUUUAUCAUCAUCAGCCCCACCUUCUUCUCCUGUGGUUGAGAAAAGUGGUGGGUCUAAUAAGGAGAAAUUUGCGCCGAGAUUUGAUGGAUUAAGGUUUAUCGAGACCCUUGUCACGGCUCACAGAUAAUUACUGAGUUAAACAUUAUAAUCUCUGUUAAUUUUGUUAUUUUGAGGGAUUAAGAUGUGAUUAAAGAGAGAAGGAUUUUUAUUUUUAUUUUUAUUUUUUAUUUUAUUUUUGUGGAAUGGUGUUUACUCGGUGACUUUGUGUUUUUCUCUUUAAUGUCAUUGUGCUCUUGUUAUUUUGGAUUUUUUUUUAUUUUGUAAUCUGACUUAUAAUUAUUAUUGUUUUUGUUGCUAAUUUGGUAUAAAAAGAAUUAAUCA